AUGCGUGCGCUUGCUGUUGUAACGUCUGCUCUGUUGGCCACAUAUGUCUCAGCACAGCAAGGGGCAGUCUGCUUCGAUGACUUGGACUGUUUGCUCUCAGGAGGACAAAAUGCCAAAUGCGUGAGGGCACAGGCUGGCGGUAUCACAGGAAAUUGCGCUGGUGGUAAGGCUGCCGGAGCCGCUGGCGCCGCAGCGGGAGCGGGAGCGGGAGCUGCCCAGCCUGCUGGCCAGCAAGCCGCUGCCGCCGACCCCAUCGGCUCUUUGUUGGGAGGACUUACGGGUAAGAAAGCUACAGGGAAGACUACUGGCGGUGCUGUAGCACCGGCAAAGGCGAAAACUGCCGGGAAAGCAAAAGCUCCAGCAUUAGGGGCUCGGCAAGCUGCUGCUCCCGCAGCAUCUGCGGCUCCCGCCGCCGACCCUAUUGGAGCCGUGCUCGGAACGGCAGCAGGCCUGCUGAAAGGAAAGGGAGGUCAACCGGCUGGCGCUGCUGCCCCAGCUGGGUCUCAAGCCGCUGACCCGAUCGGGCAAGUCUUGGGAACCGCCGCCGGAGUUCUCAAGGGUAAAGGAGCCCCUGCAGCCGGAGCCGCCGCUCCCGCAGGACAACAGGCAAACCCCCUUAACGCCGUAAUUGGAGCUGCAGCAGGAGUAUUAAAAGGAAAAGGAGGCGCUCAGCCAGCUGCUGCAGCUCCUCCGGCAGCCGCAGCUCCCGCAGCACCCGCUCCAUCGAAACCGGCAGCUGCGGCUCCGGCCCCGCCAGCAGCUUCUAAGCCCGCUGGUUCCACUCCCGCCGCUCCUCCAGCUGCCGCUCCGCCUGCCGGAGGAAAGCCGAACUCUGCACCCGCCCCACCCGCUGCAGCUCCGGCAGCUCCAGCCGCUGGGAAGCCCGCCCCUCCGCCCGCCGCAGCUCCCGCGGCCCCAGCUACAAGCAAACCCGCUCCUCCACCUGCUGCAGCCCCCCCAAAGACUCCAGCUGAGGGAAAACCGGCCAAGCCUCCUGCUGUUGCUCCUCCGCCAGCCCCCGCCGGUGGAAAGCCAGUUCCAGCUGCUCCCGCCGCGCCGGCAGCACCUGCAGGCAAGCUUUUUCGCCGUGUCGAGUUCUAG